CCCCCUUCUCUAACCUCCCACCCAUUCGUGCUGCGCGGGUGUGUAAAUCAAACGACCAGCGAACGCUCCAAACAGAGCACGUAGUCAAAGUGAAACUUUGGAGCUUCAUUGCGCCAAUAAACGGGACAGAUAGGUGAAUAAAACACCCUUUAUCAUCAUCAUGGAUGUCUUAGAGGAAGACGACUACUUUUACCAUGAAAACAUCAGCUUCAACUUCAGCUAUGAAGACUACCCUGUCCUCUGCGAGAAGGGUGAUGUCCGUUCCUUCGCAGCCCUCUUCCUCCCCAUCAUGUAUACUGUCUGUCUGGUGGUGGGAUUGGCAGGAAACGCUUUAGUCGUGGCUGUCUAUGCCUACCACAAACGCCUCAAGACCAUGACUGAUGCCUUCCUGACCAACCUGGCUGUGGCCGACCUGCUCCUGCUCUUCACGCUGCCUUUCUGGGCUGCAGAUGCGGCAAGGGGCUGGGAACUAGGGGAGUUUGCGUGUAAGAUCGUGUCAGCCUGCUACAGCAUCAAUUUCACCUGCUGCAUGCUGCUACUGGCCUGCAUCAGCCUGGAUCGUCACAUAGCGUUAGCCAGGGCGCAGGGUGAAGAUCAAAGAGGCUGGCUGCAGAGGAUCAUUUCCAGGAGACACUGCUGGAAGAUGUGUUUAGGUGUUUGGGCUACAGCUUUCAUCCUUGGUCUUCCUGAUUUAAUACUCUCAGAGGUCAGAUGGACAUCGAAUAGGAACGUCUGUCUGGCUAUCUACCCUCCAUCAAUGGCUAGAGGGGGGAAAGCUGUCCUGGAGAUGGCAGAGGUGCUGCUGGGAUUCCUGCUUCCUCUCCUGGUGAUGGUGAUCUGUUACUGUAGCAUAGGACGGGCACUAAAGGGCCUCCCUACUGAGAGCAGAGGCAAGAAGUGGAAAGCCCUACGAGUUCUUCUGGUAGUAGUUGGGGUGUUUGUAGUUACUCAACUACCCUACAAUGUGUUAAAAGUCUAUCGAAUGAUGGACUCAGUCUAUGCCUUAGUGACGCACUGUGGGACAAGUAAAGUGUUGGAUCAGGCGGCUCAAGUGACUGAGAGCUUGGCCCUCAUUCACUGUUGCCUCAACCCAAUCCUCUAUGCCUUUGUGGGGUCUUCUUUCAGACAGCACAUGAUGAAAGUGGCAAAGCAGUUUGGCGAGAGGAGAAGAAAGAGGAAGAAGAGGGGAGAAAAUCCUGCAGAGGAAGAAGGGAUGGACAUUUCUUUUAACUCCCACAGUGCAUCCGGAGAGACAAACACAUUCUCAAUAUGAGUUAUUACAAUGAUUCAUAGUAAAAGAUGCCCAUAUGGCCCAUAAUCACUUAUUUAGUAUCGAAAGAAGAGCAGAUAAAGUGUGAUGGCACUUUGCACAGCAGCAGUAGAAGCAAACUCUCACUUGUUAUUGCUAAGUCUUUUCCUGUCUGCUUCUGUUUCUUCUCUGAGAGAUUGUAUAGCUGCAGUGCUUUGAGCUUUGAACAGCAUGCCACCACACUCACAAUGACAAUGCUAACAUGUUGAUAACAAGUACAAUGUUUACCAUGCUACCAUCUUAAUUUUGCAUUUGUGCAUGCUAACAUUUGCUAAUUAGCACUAAAAACAAAGUAAAGCUUUGGCUGAUGGGAAAUGUUUUUUGCAGAUAUUUGGUCAGAAACAAAAAGUUGCCUGUUUGUGGGAGCCAAAUUUCAUGGCAAUCUAUCAAAUGCUUGAGUAUUUAUAAUAUAUGAAAAUAUUUAUAAAAUAUUUCAGUUCAGACCAAAGUGAUAGACUGACUGCUGGUCUGGCUACAAAUGGAUUUGGCUUUUACAUUGUCUGUUUUUUCAGUUUCGGUCCUGAAGAAGAGAAGGCAUGACUCUUUUUUUAACUUUUGACUUAAAGCUUAAAGAACUCUUGAAGCUUCAGUUUAGUUGGUUUGUUUAUCCAGAUGUAUGAGAUACAGUACCAGAUAUUCCUCCAGGAUUGCACAAGAAACAUUUAACACUUUUUGGCUACCCACACAGUACAAAGUACAAAUGAGACUAAUACUCUUCACUGACUCAUCAUACAGUGAAACAGAAGAAGAAAAACAGGAAGAAAAAAGAAAGAUUUAUUUGAAACCAUGAAUAAGCUGGAAAACAACUUGAUGACUGCUUGUUUCAAAUAAUGCUUUAAUGUUUAAACUGUAAUUCACUUAAGUAAAUAGUCCCAAUCCAUUUGAUGGAGGAAUGUGUACUACAUCUGCUAUAAACGAGACAUACUACACAUGCACCUUUAUUUCCUACCAUUCACCAGAGAGCUUUUUUGUACUGGUGACAUGUUGCUUGCAGAGUCUUGUUUCAAACCGUGCAUGUCCCACAUCCCAUUAGGAUUAAACACAGUUCAGUUCUUUCCUGGAUUGCUCAAAACAUCUGAGACACUGAGUUUUCCAGUCUAUUAAAAAGUGGUCGACCAUGUCACUGACGACUGAAACUUUUCUGCUGUUUGUGUUUAAGUUAAAAUCCUGACUGGAAAAUAUCAAGAUCAAGACCAAGAGGUUGUUAAGCUGGCGUCUUUUCAGUGAUUUGACUUUAAUUACACAUUAGAACUAUACUUAAGUACACUUAAGUAAUAAUUAGACACAUACCAAACCAGUUUUUGUGGUUUUGGGGGCCUGCAGGUUGUGUUAACUAUUUGCAGAUCAUCUGAUGCCAUGCAGUUACAUUUGGUAAUGUUUUUUAUGUGAUAGGAUCAAAUUGUGUCCUGCUUGUAAACUCAAUAUAGACCCUUUAUUCAAUGUGGAGGAACUGACAGCUUGUCUUAUUUUUCUUUUUUUGUCAGUAGAAGAAUGAGCAAAAUUCAUUGCAUGACUUUGUGGAUAAUAGUUCAGGGGCCAAUGACACAGGAGGAUUAAUCAGCUUGUCAACAGUAUCCAAUAAAAACUCCAAUUGUAACUGAGACAUAAACACAGCACUACAUAGUUUAAAUAGUUUGCACUUUGGGUUCAACUGUUGUCGUUUUCUCUGUUAGGCAUUUGUAUUCUUUGCUUUUAAAUGUUAUUAAUCUCUCAGUCAAAAUCUAAACACUGACCGCCUGAUAGAAUUUCCUCAUAGAUUAGAAAAUGAUACUUUGGUUUGAAUGUUUCGUCAGUCGUCUUCCUGAACUCCAGCUGGUACAAAUCAACUGAUUUCUGAAGUGAUUCUGCAGGUCAUGCUCUGGCACUUGUGCUGUCUCAUGUGGAAAUCAUUUAAGGUAUGCCAUCUGUUAUAAAGGAGCAAAACAUUUUAUGGAGCCAAAAAAGAAAGAAAAAAGUUUUGGGGUUCAACUGUUAUAUAAGAAGUGGUUAAACAAGGCUGUCAUACAAACACGUCUUACAUGAUAAAAGGUUUAUUGUGAAUGAAUAAA